UGGAUCUUCUGGUGGUUCCCAAUCUCGUACGUCAACAACAGCUCUGUUUGUCGGACACUUCUUCUUGCCACUGUGUCAUCUGCUUUUGUACUCGGCGGAAGUGUGCUUGGCUUUAUGAGUGGAGGAAUUGCUGCUACCGUGCUGAUCACUUUUAUAGCUGGAAUUCGAUGGAAAACUGACAACGAUGAUAAGAUCGUCUAUGAAGAGAAGGCGUUUGCUCUGCUUUGGAAUCUCUUCUUCAUGCCUCUUUUGUUCGCUUUAAUUGGCAUGAAACUAGAUUUCUCGAUGAUGACUUGGCCUACUGUGCUCACCGGAUGUGCACUGAUCGGCAUCGGAGCAGUGGUCAGAUUCCUUUCGGGAAUCGUUUUUUCCUGCUGCUCCGAGUUCAAUAUGAAGGAGCAGCUCGUUCUCGCGCUCUCACUCCUUCCGAAAGCCACCGUCCAGGCAGCUCUUGCUCCCUCAAUCAUGGUUUAUGCAGCUGGGAUGGCGGAAUAUGAGAACGAGGCACAUAUGGCACAAACCGCAUGCAUUAUUACGAUUUUGAUCACUGCUCCUUUGGGUCAAUACAUCCUCUCGAAAACAGCUCCACCAUUGCUGCGAAAUAAUCGACUUGUUGGUGUUGUGAGUAUUAACUCAGAAAGCUUAUUCCGAAACGUGACGGUGACCUUGCUUGGGUUUAUUCAUCAGCGGAUCCUCCCAUUGGCUUCAUAG